GCUGCAGUGGUUGUCGCCAGUCCCCUAGCUUCACCAUGCCACCCAAGGACGACAAGAAGAAGAAAGAUGCUGGAAAGUCGGCGAAAAAAGACAAAGACCCAGUAAAUAAGUCCGGUGGCAAGGCCAAAAAGAAGAAGUGGUCCAAAGGCAAAGUUCGAGACAAGCUCAACAAUUUAGUUCUGUUUGACAAAGCCACAUACGACAAACUCUGCAAGGAAGUUCCCAACUAUAAGCUUAUUACUCCAGCUGUUGUCUCUGACAGACUAAAGAUCCGUGGCUCCUUGGCCAGGGCAGCCCUUCAGGAGCUGCUUAGUAAAGGAUUUAUCAAGCUGGUUUCGAAGCACAGAGCCCAAGUAAUUUACACAAGAAACACAAAGGGUGGAGAUGCCCCAGCUGCUGGUUAAGAUGCAUAAGCAGGCUAAAUCAGCUGUACAUUUGGGAAAAUAAAACUUUAUUAAAUAAAA